UCUCUUUAACCCUCUCCGAAUCCCCACCAAACCCUAGCCCUCCUCUCAUCCCCCUCCUCACGCCGCCACCCCUCUCCCCUCUCUCUUUUCUCUGUGAACGAAACCAAGAGGAAAAGUCCCACAGUACCUUCUCCACCGCCAGCUCCUCCCCCAUGACCUUGCGGUCACCAUGGUCGCUCCCUCGCCGAGCUGAGGCCAUCUACAGAACCACCUCGUCGUCCUCUUCCUCCUGGUACAAGGAAUCGACCGGGGCUCUCCGAAUCAACGAGAAAUUCGCCGUUUCUCCACACUGGCCGUCGCAGUUCAUCGUCGAUUCCGGCGGCUCCGAGGCUCGUUCGACGUUUCUAAGCACGGCAUCAUGCUCCUGGACCUCGCCGCCGGCGGCACUCAGGCGACCCCCUGGACUCCGCACCGCCACCAUCAGCUUUCCCAUGGUCAGCCGCAUCCCCGAGCCAACUUUUGUGUCCCGGUUCAUGCGGAAUCAGCAGAUCGACUCCCGACUUGAUCUCCCUCCGCCAUGGUUGCAGAUGCUGAAGCUCGUCCCCGCAUGUUGUUUGUUCUUGUUGGGUUGUAGCAGUAUGUUUGCAAGAUCACCGUGGCAGCCUAACUGGUGGAUCCCACCCGUCAUCCUCUGCCAGCGCCACCUCAGCUCCCUGCCUUGUCAGCGCCAAGUCAGCUCCUCCCUGGCCCGCUCAUCAGCCCCUGUGGCUGGCCCCCCUUCCGCAUUUGCUUCUUCGCGGAUAGGAUCACGAAGUGGUGUGGUGAGAUACGCCAAGUUCUCCGGAUGUCCCUCGGCAAGCUUUAACAUGCAAGCAUUUCCCCUAUACUCCUGUCCCUGCAGGAGUCGCUCUCCUAUUUUAUUUUGCCUUCUCACUCAUGCUAUCCUUAAGUUGCGUUCUUGUCACGUGUCCUUUCCACUUGUUACCUCAAGCAGCCCAUAUUGCCACCAUCACCUCCCACAACUGUUGUUUGGUUAUCGAGUCUGCCCUUGCGAGUCAUAGUGCAUGCUAGUGCUGUUUUAUCUCGUUACCGUUAUUGUUAUCUUAUCGGGUUAUAUGUUGGGAAGAAUCAUGGUUACUGUAGUUGUUGUUAUUUGUUUAGCGGAGGCAUCGGUGGGUCAGCUGCUUAUUUUGUGACGGCUCACUUGUGUUUCCUAAAUAAUUUAGGACCCGAGUUCUUGUUAUCUGUUCCGAGACUGAGCGCUCUAACCACACGUGGGUAUGCUUACCGGGUCUCCCCUCGACCACUGCCGGAAUCUACAGCUUUGUCCAGUGGCCACAAUUAGUUUGAAUCCUUUGUUUCUCUCGGACGUGCAAGCUUGUUUCCUUACAGUCAGAUGAUAUGAUGUUACUUUUGGGGCCUUGUACCCCGUUGUCUCUUGCACGUUCGUAGGUUGCGGAGCCGCUGCGAAGUGGUCAUCCCGCUGGGCACUGAUCACCUAGUACGCUGACGCAAUAGCUGAGUCCGCUUCGGAGCACGGCCGGACUCUGAUACAGGUUUAACUUAGUUAGGUGGCUUCCUGUACAUUGUUGUAGUGAAGGAGAGUGCGUGUCGUGAUAUCCACCUGUCGUAACUGGGUUGAUCGUGCGUGUGGGCACAUUUGGGCACCCCUGCAGGGUUACAAUCUUAUCGAUAAGCCGUGUCCGCGGUUAUGGACAACUUGGAGCUAUAUGACUCGACCAUAGACAACUUACACCUGUUGUUUCAAUACUAAUAACUUGCAUAGUAAGUUAGCACAACCUAAAUAAUAACUCGUUAAAACUUGACAACCGUGUGAGUGCCUUUGCCAGUACCUCUUUGCGAAGGGGGAACACAUCGGCUGUGUUAUGUUUGCAGAGUAUAGAACUGUUAGUUUGUGCGCUCUCUCAUCUUCUCUGAUUAGACGACUGUUGUAGAGUGUCUCUAUAGGUUUUUAGUGCUUACGCGCUGCCGCUUAACCCCACCAUAUUGCCUAUGACGUUCCUCUUGCGUCCUCUAAGUCCCCUGCGUGCCUCAAGUACAAAGGAUGACUGGUUGACGAAUGCUUAUACGUCUUGAAUUCUUGUUAAGUACGAACCUGUACUUAUUGCUGCUUAUACGGGAUAUAACCGGGCAGGUAUGAAGAUAUGUUCGAUGAAGACGACGUUAGCAAGGUUACCCUUCCGGCUUGGCCUGGGCAGGGUUAUGGACGCCAUCGGUUAUCUUCAGGACUCUUAGUCCAAUUUGUAUCUUGUCCGUACUCGGACGUAUUUGAUCUUUUGUACGAUUUGGAUCUUUGUAUUGUAUAUUUGUAUCUUGACUCGUUGGAGUCCUUGUUGUAAUAUAUAUGUUUCUUGAGGGCUCUAUUGUAAUCCUGUUGUAAUGUUACCGCUCGUGUUAAUUCCUAUGGCAUCACGUGUGUGAUUCAUCGCGCACGUCGUGUCGGAGGGCGUCUCAGAAUUGAUAUCGUGCGGAUUUCGGCGGGAUCGCUGGAAUCCUCAGGAUACCGGUUCCGGGGCGUCACAGUUAGAGAAGU